UGGGGAGAGGUGGUGGAAGGCUUGCUGGGGCAGAGGAGGAUGGAGUCGAGAGGUGUUGGGACGGGGUGGCUCUGCAUCGCAGUGCUCUGCUCUGGAGCUGCUCUCGUCGUCAAAGAAGGGGAGCCAGGGCAUCAAAGCAUCACACAGCGUGAUGACGUCCUGGAGCCAACGGGAGCCCCCACCACAACCGCCGGGGAUGUGGACAACCUGACGACAUGGCCAACAGCCACCCCAACCCCUCCUCGGACCGGGGACCCCUUUACCACCCCCAUGCUGACACGAGGAGGGAAUAAAACCCAAAAUGCAUCGGCUGUUCCCGUCAGGUACUGGGCCCCCGUCAUUUUUGUGGUGGUUGCUCUGUUCGUCCUCUUCUUCACCUACCGGCGGAACAAGGGGGAAGGGAGCUGGGACCAAUCCACCUCCGCCAGCGACUCUUCGGAUUUGGGAGCCCUGGACCACCUCCCUAUCCAUGACACCACCCCAAUAAUCUCCGCUCCCCAGGAGGAGAGGAAGGGGUCAGAGAAACCCCCAGCCCCAGCGCACACCGAAACCACCUUCUGCGAGCCGGACCCCCCACCGCCCCAGCCUGAUACCCCCGCAGCUGGCGGUGGUCCCCGCUGCUCCGGGGAGCCCGGUGCUGACUGAGGGCUCCCGGGGGAGCCCAGCGGCUUCCAGACACCCCCAGGGAGCGUGAGGCCACCCCCAAGGUGCAGCGUGGGGACUGAACCGGGACGAUGCUCCUGGCCGGGGGCCACGUGGCAGCUGGGGGCCACGAGCAUCACGUGCCGCCUCAGCCCUUCCUAUGGAUGCUCGAGUGUGUGCCCAAAUCCAGGUGGGAAUGGGGACCCCCGUGGAUCAGGGACCCCCGUGGGACGUGGCCGUGCGUGUGUCAUUACUGUUGUGCCCCGUGCUUGUGCAUGGGGGCUCUGGGUGCCUACGCUGGGCACCGCUGAGCCAAUAAAGCAGGAUUUCACCCCAGAACCCCUGGCCUUUCUCUGCCGGGAUACGCAGCCUCCCCCAUCUCAACCCAACCGUCACUUUUUCCCCGCCCCCAUGUCUUGGAACGGA